AUGGAGAUGGACAACCUUAAAGAAUGCUGGAUUGAGAAAUGCCAUCAAUUGGAGCUUCUGUUCGUUGGAAGAAUGGCAGACAUUGAUGCAGCAGUUUGCUUAGAAAAUCUAAGGGUGUCCAAUCUUGCCAAAUUAAUAACAGUGUGCCGGGGGAAGUUGGGAAGAGGGAGCUUCGCAUGCCUAAAGCAUAUAUAUUUGGAAUGUUGUCCGAAGCUAAUCAAUUUCUUCUCUUCGAGCAUUCGGUUACAGAAUCUCAAAUUACUUGAAAUAAAAUUCUGUUGUAGACUGGAGAAGGUCUUUGAAGAAGACAGCGAGGUGGGGCAAAAUGCAUUUCCACGGCUAGUUGAUAUAUAUCUUUGGGAGCUACGCAAACUGAAAAGCAUUUGCAGUGGGCACUUGCCGAUGCUGAAGAGGUUGAAGAUUCGAGGAUGCCCACUGCUAGAGAAGCUUCUUCUCGAUAACACAAAUGCUUCUGCAACACAAGUUGAGAUCCAAGAAAGUGAUCGUGCAGAGGAAGGGGCAGCUUCCAGGGAUGGUGAUGAUCGACGGCUCAGACAAGGAGGAGAGGUUGGUGUGGGGAAGUCACGGAUCAUGAGACAGGUGGUUGCAGCGGUGAUGGAUGAAUCCAAAGAAUCUAGCCGUCUGUUUGAUGUGAUCAUACGAGUAAGAGCACCGGGAGUCGAGAGUCUUGCUGAGAAGAUGCAGGCGAGAAUCAGAGGAGAAUUGGACCGUCUGACAAAAAAGGACCAAAGAUUGAGUACUUGGGAGUUGUAUAGCCAUAUACGGGUUUUAAAGGCGUUGGAUGAAAAGGGGAGAAGGAAUCGUUUAAUGGAGGUACAGAUGGGAAUGAAGAAGGCAUUGGAUAUCCCAAAGUCCAUCGACUUCUACGCUGCUGCUAAACAAAUCUCGGCUAAGCUAAGCGGCCAGAGGUUCCUCCUCGUCUUAGAAGAUGUUUGGGAAAGCAUCAACUUGGAAGAGAUGGGAGUUCCAGCCAUGGCCCCUGCUUUCACCAUCGAUGGCAAAGUGGUGAUCACAACUCAAUCCCAAGAAGUCUGUAACAUAAUGAAAGCCCAAGUAAACAUCAGGGUGGGGGAGUGGUCUAAAGAAGACGCCUGGGAUUUUUUACAGGAAGAGGCAGCGGAUGUUUCUGCCAGCAUUGGUUUCUCAAUAACCAGAGACAUGGUCUUCAAAUGCUUCUCUUACAUCUCCUUGCUCUGUCGAAAUGGAGGCUCCAUCGAUGGAGAUUCCUUGAUAGAAGAGUAUUGGAGGUCAGAGGGCUUUUUAGAUGGAUUCUUCAAUGAGGAGGAGAAUAAAGAAGCGGCUUUCAAGAGAUUAGGGAAUUUACUGCUCAAAGAGCUGGCAGAGAGAUGCAUGGUGCUACUGUCUCUGGUGUCAUCAAACCCAAAUUGGCUACACUCCUAUCUACAGAGGUGGGAUGAAUAUUAUUGGGCAGAUUCAUCAAAAGCUCAAUCUAUGGAAGGGGAAUUUAAGGACUGGCUACAAGAGCAAUUUACAAUGGAGGGAUCUUCAGGAGGACAAUAUCAUGUGGAUAUGAAUUCUCAGGUAGAAACACUCCCAUUCCGCUCUCCAAAUUGCCCUCUUCUCUCCACAUUGUUGCUCAACAAUAAUGACCGCUUGCAAGAAAUCCCGGAUGCUUUUUUCCAGAACAUGACCAAACUCCGAGUCCUCGACAUUUCUUUCACAAGCAUCACUUCCCUGCCCUCAUCCAUGUCCUGCCUAUGUGAAUUACGGUUGUUGAAGCUUCAAAGCUGCUGCAAGCUAGAGGCUCUUCCUUCAUUCUUAAAGGAUAUGCAGAAGCUCGAGAUCCUCGAUCUCCAUCAAACUCCCUUGACGAAGAUGGUGAAGGUAUCCUUCCACAACAUGCAAAGCCUCCGACGUCUCAACAUCUCAGGUGCCUGCAACCUCAGCAGGCUCUCGAUCAAGGGUUGUCGCUCUCUAGUGAAACUGGUCAGCCCAAAUAAACAUUCAAAACUUGAGGCACUUCAUCUUUCAGGCACGAAAAUGGAAGUGCUACCACACGAAAUUUUCAAUCUGACUAGCUUGCGGUGCCUGGACCUGUUGGGAAUGGAGCAUCUCAAGACGGUUGACUGGAGAAAGAUAAAUCGGCUUCCAGAAAACUUGAAUUGGGAUCGAUGUGGCUUGAACUUGCUGCAUGAGCAGCUCCAAGACAGCAGCAGUCGUCACAUCUCUGUCGGUGAUGCAAGUGUUUUUGAGUCUUUGGACGAAAGCUCGAAACUGUGGAAAUCCUGCUUUCAAAAAUUCCAUUUCUUGUCUUCGAGUUAUGAAAGACAACUGGAGGUUUGCGGUGGUAAGAAUUCCCUAGACGGUGUUAGAGGGGUUCUCUCAGUGAUAGAAUUCUUUCAUUUGUAUGGCAAUGCGUUCAUUAAGGCACUGUCCAAUCUUGGCAUGGAGAUGGACAACCUUAAAGAAUGUUGGAUUGAGAAAUGCCAUCAACUGGAGAUUCUGUUCGUUGGAAGAAUGGCAGACAUUGAUGCAGCAGUUUGUUUAGAAAAUCUAAGGGUGUCGGAUCUUGCCAAAUUAAGAACAGUGUGCCGGAGGCAGUUGGGAAGAGGGAGCUUCGCAUGCCUAAAGAAUAUAUAUUUGGAAUGUUGCCCGAAGCUCGUGAACUUCUUCUCUUCGAGCAUUCAGUUACAGAAUCUCAAAUUACUUGAAAUAAAAUUUUGCUGUAGACUGGAGAAGGUCUUUGAAGAAGACCGCCUGGCAGGGCAAAAUGCAUUUCCACAGCUAGUUGAUUUGUGUCUUUGGGAGCUACGCAAACUGAAAAGCAUUUGUGGUGGGCACUUGCCGAUGCUGAAGAAGUUGAAGAUUCGAGGAUGCCCGCUGCUGGAGAAGCUUCCUCUCCAUAACACAAAUGCUUCUGCAGCAGAAGUCAAGAUUGAAGGUGAGCUGAAAUGGUGGGAAAGCAUAAAAUGGGAAGGUAGUGUCAAGCCACACAACAUCCGUUUCAAAGAAUGGUGUCCGUCAACCAAGUGA